GCUCGGAGCAUUGGAUUGAGACUUGACUCAUAAUCUUCAUUGCGUCGUACAAGUUCAACUUUUUAUCUCAUCAGCAAACGACAGCAUCACCAGAACUGCAAUGGGGGCAUCUUCUUCGGCGGACCAAAACAGAAAGUCGCAAAAACAGCAGGACAUUGCGUAUCUUGGCGAUCGAAUGCCAUUUGGCGACGCUGAACUCCUUCAAGUAUAUUGUGUCUACCAGAACCUAAAAGAACGACUAAAGUUCAGCAAUUCCACUGAAGCCGAGAGCAAUGAUGGAAACGAGAUCCGGMAGAAGGCCACUUCGUUUCUGAAAGACGUAGGCGUAUUGUCUGCAGCAGAGGGGCGACGAAGCGAGAGGAAGACGAAGAAGACCAACUCCGUAAUAUCCGAAGAAGAAGAGAGGUUCCAGGAAGCUGCCUAUUUGGAAGAACGCCUAUUUUUGCUUGAGGCAGUCGAACGAAAAAUACUGCCGGCCGGAUUUGGCAAUACGCUGUACCGAACGUGCUUUUUGGGGCCGCAUGACUCCUCCUCUUACGAUGGGCAUGCGAUCAAAACGCUGUACCAAGGAGAUGGAGAGGAAGACGAAUAUGUGCGCAUGGCACGGCUAGAACAAUUCUUUGGGGGAUUGGCGAAUGGGACGCGGCGAGACCGGAAAACAGUCACGAGAUGCUUGAUCCGGUGUUGCGCGCAGCAGCCACCGCCGGUGGGUGAAGCAGAAACCGUCGACGGCAACAAUGCCAUUGUGAACGAUUUUGCCUAUGGUGGAGCCAAUGCAAGAAAUUUCAGCAACGGCCAGAAUGAAAGAACUUAUAUCAAACCGAUGGAAUUGGUGGAUCUCGGUUAUAGAAUUUGCAUAGCGGCAGCAUUUUUGAAAGAGGCAACCGGCGGGAAUUCGAAGGACGAAGACGACCAAGACCUUGGCCGGUUUUUGCCGCCAACCGAUCCACGCRAGCUYAMACCCGGGCUACUGGCCCUCUCCAACUCUCUGGCAUCCCUUGCGACGAAACGGAAACAGCGGAGGCUUCGUAGCACAGUCCCCUCCGACGAACUGGCGACUCUUGUCGACGAGGACGAUGUCUUUGAAUGGGUCGAGCAGGUGGCGCCUAUGUACGGUUCGAUAUUGCCAACAUUUCUGCACUGCAUCUUCUUUCCAAACAAGGCGGCGCCUCCAACGCGCUCGAGCUUUGAUUAUCCACGCAUAUCUCAAGAAUCUACGGUAUUUCCCAUGAAUAGCACGCCCCUCCUGUUCAGUUUUGGCUGCAUGUCUCCUUCGUUGGGUGGAGAGGUCGGUUGCAUCAAUUUGUUCGUGUUCGUGUUCUUACAUGUCAGGGCUUUAAUCGGUUCGCUUUUUCCUAUUCUUUUAUCUGACAACGUAAAUUCCGUUCCAUGUCGCCUUCUUUUAUGUUCAGUACUAUCGCUUGUAUACCUCCGCAUCAGACGGGCUAUCUUUCAAUCGACUCCAAAAUGCACUCUUGGGAUAUGGUGGGCCCACGCUUCUGAUUGUACAGAGUGGCAAAUCAACCUUUGGUGCAUUUACAGCCUCGCCAUGGAAAGAAUCAAAAGACUUUUACGGCAAUCACGACUGUUUCUUGUACAGGCUCUUGCCCGAAACUACUGCUGUCUAUCGUCCAACAGGAGGAACAAAUAAAUCCAGCACUCGGUUCAUGUAUUGUAAUUCUUUUGCCCGAUCGCGUGGAUUCGAUCAACAGGCGCACGGGAUUGGCUUUGGUGGUUCCACCGAGAGACCACGAUUGUUUCUUUCUGAAUCUUUCGAUGAUUGCCGAGCUGGAUCAGACGAUUUGACUUUUGAGAAGGGACCUCUUUUGGCAGGCAAUGGAGACAAUAGCGCCGCCACUGCCACCGCAAACGCCAUGUUUGAGAUUGACAAUCUCGAGGUUUGGGGCGUAGGUGGUACUGAGAUCGUUGAGGAAAGUCUCAAGGCGAGAAGUCGCAGUCGCGAUAUUCGCCAAGCCAAUAUCAAUAAGGCGCGAAAGGUCGACAAGGCUGCCUUCCUCGACGACCUGCGAAGCGGUGUCAUCGAUAACAAAGCCUUUGCCCAUCGAGCUCAGAUCCAGGGACGCGAUGGAACCUGUGAGCUGCUCGGCGAUGAUACUGACGAGAAUUGAAAAAGGAAAGAUUUCCGUCGUUUUGGCAUCCAAUUACUGGUUUCGAUGAUCGCAAUACACGUUGUGGUCCACAACAUCCAGUCGAAACAACUGGCGAAGAGGUUUCCGCUCGCCGCUGUAUAUUAUAGAGUUCUACCUUAUGUAUUCUUGUAGGUCAUAAAAGGAACAAUAUAAAGAUUUUGUUUGUAUUUUUCAGAAAUGUCGGGAAACGUAAAAAAAAUUAUGAAUAGAUGAAGCGAUUGAUCGGUUUUAGGACGACUCGUCGAUGAUUGACUUUAACGACACCAACGCCUUGUUGAUGGCAUCGAUGGGUUCUUUGAUCUUGAGUUUGCCAUUUCCUGGCUGGUAAUAAAUGAAAUUGUUAUCAUAUGUCAGCUGGUCGCACAUCUGCAAAUKGUAAGCUAGGUCAUCCUUGAUUUCGAACAAUUCAACGUUGCCUGUUUCUUUUACUAAUUUCAGCACGGUAUUUUGCGAAUCACCCAAAUUCCACAACUUGUUCACUGGUGGAGUUUUCAAUAUAGUUCGAACUUCGUCCCACUUUUGAUCUUCCAGCAUCUUCGGUAUGGGCUGCAACUUCGCUAGCGAGGAUUGCAACUCUGCCACGUAUUCGCCCGAAUCUGCCCUGGCUGCUUGAGGAAACGACGCAGUUGUGGUCGCUACAGCACCAACAAUGGCAGCAACUCCUCCAAAACUCGCUUGUUCCAACCAUUCUCUACGUGAAGAGGGCUCCACACUCGACGAUGUCGGGGCCUUCGGCGAGAAAGCAUCCACUGAGACGAAACUUGUCGCACAUAAUAUUGCGCAAGAUAGAAGGAAGAUUUGUGUUAGAUGCUGAAAGCUCAUCGUCGAUGUAUUUAUUUUCCUCUUCUAUAUUCUGGUCUAAUCUGCUGUAGCGUAGCGGGUGCUGUGUUCUAUUCUAUCUUGCGUGGAGAUGUUGUGGCGACAGAGUGAGGAGUGUUGGUGUAGUAAUUUUUUCGAUUGUUUUACUGAUGUGAUCUCUCUCGAAAUUCGAAAUUACUAAGUCCCGUACCAGAAGGUACUCGUACGUACUGUACCGAACGCCACAGUAAUACCAUACGUUAAAAGUCUACGAAGUAGAUGAGAUGACGCUCGACGACACAUCAUCAUCACUAUUCGUACUUUGGUUAAAUACUGUACCAGGUACUGUACAUACGAAUACCAUAGUACGAGUACCAUACCAUCGGUACUCGAAGUUAACAUUCGUACUAGUAGUAAGAAUAACUUCGGCGAUCGUGGUUACGUAGUACGGUAAUGGAUGACUCAUUCGACUCUGUAGAAAAAUUAUAUGCCUCUACAGUACGUACGUCGUCAGGUUCAUUUUACCGGCUGUAACGCAGAUUUUUUGUUGGACUUCRAACAUGUUGUCACGGGCGGGCAGCAGGAAACGCAGAGGACCGUUGCUGUCGGUCACUUCACAGAUGCUUUUCCGUUUCUGAGAGACGAAGCGAAUCACCAAUCACGAAGCAGAAAUAACACUMUGGAAUUAUAUCUGUACUACUUCAUGGAUAAGCAUUCGAUGACAGAUUGUUUCUCAUUCCGAAACUAUCGGUAAAGCCUACAUUUUUAAAAAUCUGCCGUCGGACUUGCCGUCCACUWUAACCUGUAAUAAGUUUGAUUCGCAAGGGAGGUUGGCACUUUCUGAUUGAACUAAAAGACGAUUGCGAUUUUUGGCCAAGCCUCUGAAGCCUUCUUGGGUCUGAAAAACAAGUCUAACGUACUGUACGUACCGUGAGCCUGUACGAACCGUAGGAGCAAAAAAAUACACCCAUACUUUCUGUGGGUGCUUGCUGGAGAAGCAAAAAUUCAGGAAUAAUAAUCACGAUCACUUCUCCGAUUUCGUUCAUCUUUAGUCGUCAUUGCAACAAUCGAAAUGAGUUCUAUCCAUCACCGUGGUCGCGCUAACAAGCGACGCCGAAAGCAUCAGCCAUCUCGCGCAGCCGGCGUACACGCUUUAACCUCUAACGAAGAACGACUCCUUCACCAAACAGUGCAGAAUAGUAAACUAGGUGACAAUCGAGGGACUAGGGCUGGUGACAAUAUUGAUGUCCCUUUUGGACCAGUGUUUUAUCCUACUAUUGAGGAUAUGGAKGGAUCUCCGCUUGAUUACAUCGAUAAGAUUCGCCACAUAGCUCAGCAUUACGGCAUUUGCAAAAUUGUCCCUCCAAAGGCUUGGAAAGAAAAGGACUUUUUCGGUACGUAAAAACAAAAACAAAUUUAUUUA